UGUAGGAAAGAUGGCGGCUGGAUCCGGAGCGGCCAGCAGUGGUCACAGCGGUGGCCGCGGCUCGUCGGCCGCUUUGGAGUCAUCGCUGGACCGCCGUUUUCAAGGAGUCACCAACACCAUGGAGUCCAUACAGGGAUUAUCCUCGUGGUGCAUCGAGAAUAAGAAACAUCACAGUCUCAUCGUGCGCUACUGGAUGAAGUGGCUGAAGAAAUCGGAUGCCAAUCACAGGCUCAAUCUCUUCUACCUUGCUAAUGAUGUCAUUCAGAACUGCAAAAGGAGAAACGCUAUUAUCUACAGAAACACCUUCGCUGACGUGCUACCAGACGCCGCCCUGCUGGUCAAGGAUGCUAAAGUGUGUAAGUCAGUGGACAGGAUCUUCAGUAUUUGGCAAGAGAGGAAUGUUUAUCCUGAGGAGUUGAUCUCUGAGCUGAAGGCCAACCUGCAGAAGAAAGAGGAGGAGAAAGAGAAAGAAAAGCCGAAAGAGAAGGAGAAAGCUAAAGAAAAGGCAAAAGAGAAAGAACAGCCUCCUCCUGCCCCAGUCAACCCCAAAACUGCCCUGAAGUCUAAAAUUGUUGCAGAGUUUGUACCCCAUGAUUUUAUGGAGCGAUUGGUGUCAUAUAAGUGCUCUUUAGAGGAGAGUGAUUUGAGAGAGAAGCAGUUAGCUGCACUGAGAGUGGAUGUCUGCAGCACUGAAGCCCUCAAGAGAUUGAAAGAUAAAGCAGGAGGAAAUAAGUUCUCCAAGGACUUGGAGGAAGGAAGUGCAAAACUGCAAGAGUUUGUGACAUUCCUGGAGGGCCAGAUGAAGGCUGGGCCCCCACUGCAAGAGGCGCUGGGGAACGCAGACAUCUUUUAUGAGAUGCAAUACAAAGAGGUCAAAAUUGUCGUCAACGCAUAUAAUUCUUUCGCUAACCGUGUCAGUAGCCUGAAGCGUAAACUGGAUGCUCUGAAGUCCACACUGCCCAGUCUGGAUGAUUCUCCUGUCCCAUCGCCCUCUGAGGAUGCCCCAUCCCCCACCGGCUCCGAGUCACCCUUCCAUGCCAUGGGCUCCAGGAGCGCCAUGGGUACCGGGGGACGAGGGUUGGAGCAGCAGAGAGACAACCGAGAUAUUGAGGACAUGGACAUGUCUGAGGAAGAGGACUCAACAGCAAACAUUGGAAAUACUGAUGAGAGGAAAGAGAAGUCACCCCUUCCAUCUGUGUCCAAGAUAACAAAUGCUGCAGCCACAAAAAUCUCCCAGAUCACCGUUUCUAAACCGCCCCAGACUUCAUCACCUCCCACAAGCACAGUAUCUGGGUCAGCAACCAAUCAGACACCCCCUGCUAACACUACACCCAUCACCAACAUACCUGGACCUGCCCCUGUUGUUAGCCCCUCCCCCCUGCAGGUGAACCUGGCCAAUGUGGAUCUAGGCAAGAUCAGCUCCAUUCUCAGCUCUCUUUCCAAUGCAAUGAAGACCACAGGUGUCAGUCCUGUGUCUCGUCCUUCCCCUGGUACACCCACCACACCAUCUAACCACACCUCUUCCAAAGCCCCUCCUUCAACCCCUGGCAGCAUUCCCUCAUCCAGUUCUCUAGCCAGCAUCCUAUCCAAAGUGGAUAUCUCCCCCGAGAGCAUCCUGAAUGUUCUCACUAAAACACAGACUCACAGCCCUAAGCUGCAUGGUUUGUCUUCUCUCCUUUCCUCUGCUCGUUCAGGCUCUCUUAACACCCCAGACACUGCUCGUUCAGGCUCUCUUACCACCCCAGACACAGUUACCUCUUCAUCAACAACUUCCUCUUCAGCUGUCACCCCAGUAGUAACCUCUUCCACAACUACACCAACAGCACCUAAGACACAGAAGCUCACUGGCAACAAUUUCAAGCGAGAAUCUGAGCGAGAGAAAGGGAGAGAGUGGGAGAAGGCGAAGGAGAUCCAAAAAGAAAGAGAUCGAGAAAGAAAAGAAAGAGAGAAGGAAAGCGGGAAAGAGGCAGUUGCCUCUACCGUGGCAGUGCCUAGCUUGGAGUCAAAGAUCAACAGUUUCCUUCAGGGCAAUCCUGGUUUUAGUGCUCUCGGACUUGGUCUGGAUGAUGUGAGUAGCAAUAGCCCUCUCCUUGUUGGAGGGGACAACCUGUAUGGCACCCCUGUCCGCGAUGAGAGCGGUAGCACGCCCACCCAAGAUGAAAUCAUGGACUCACCUCAGAUCGUCAAUGAUCCCCAGAGUGCAGGUUUGCCUGGAAGUCCUAACCUUUCACCUACGGCCUACCACAGUGACCCUUGGGAUGCCGUAAUCACUCCACGUGAGGUUCUUGGAGAGAACGAACGGAAAGACAGGGAUUACCGCACACCACCAGCCUCAAGACUUGCGGUCUUGAAUGCUUCUAAACCAGUCAAGGCAAUAACCAAAACCAAAGAAGAAGGGCUGAAGAAAAAAGUAGUGGGUUUGAACGCUCCAUCAGCUUGUAUGUCACAAGAUCAGACAGUAAAAGCAAAGCUGGAAGGACCUAGAGGGAAAAGUGCAGCCUCCCGUAAACCAAUUGGUGGUGAAGAUGGGAUGAAGGACAAGCAGAGGAAAGCUUCAGCUCACAACGGAGAGAACUACCAUCAAAUUGAGACUCUUGUUUCUUUGGCCUCCAAUGAAGGAGCACCAAUCGAAACCCUUGAUUAUGGCAACCGCAUCCAAACAGUGGAAAGCAUCCGUGUGAUUGGAAGAGGCUUGAGGAGAGGGAGCAGUGCUUGUUCUAGAGUGGGUGGGGCCUGGUAUGAAGAGGAGGAGUUUAUGGAAGCCCCACCUACACCUCAUCCUGGCAGCCAUAGCUCUGAGAAUUCUGAGGAGUUGGGAUUGGCCCCUCCGUCUGUUCCUGGUCAUCUUCCACCCCCGUUGCAGUACCCACCACCACCCUAUGCUACCGAGGACCCCACUCGACCUUCUCAUGCCAUUUCCCAGCACCAUCCUCCCCCUCCAUUCUUCCCCCCCCCUUCACUUUCUCCUAUUCCACCACCGCUUCCACCCAUACCUCAAGCCCCGCCACCUCCAAGAGACUUCCCUCUUUCCCCAACUUCCACCGUUAUGGUUGGUGGUGUCCUUGUACCCAUAGACCGUAUCCUGCCUUACCCACCUGCCAAUCUCCGUCCAGACGGAGUGGGGCAUGGAAACUGUGGUGGUGCCCCUCAAAGAGGCAGCAAACCCCAACUCCCUUCCUUGUUGGGAGCCCCUCGCCCAGGCAUGUUGAAAGAGCAGUUCACCCUCCUCCACUCCCCACCUCUUCAUCGUCCUGGCACCCCUGGAGUGCCCCCACCACUUUUGGGCAGAGUUCGAGAAGGUCUCAGCCCCACCCCGCCAUCACCCUCUACCCCAACCACACCUACUCCAUCUCCAUUAGGAGAACCCCGUCCUCUCCUGUCUAUCCCCAACCGCCCAACCAUUAACAUCCCAAAUCAGAGAGCGUGUCGCCCCUCGCCUCCUCAGCCCCUCCACCACUUAUCAAACCAUCAUCACUCGCUGCAUUCCCCUCAGUUUUCCAGAGGGUCCCUGCCCCUACCACCACCCUCUCUUAACCGUGAGCCCCACCUGCCUGGGGGAAAGCGCCCUGCUGCCAGUUUUAGCGGUGGCCCUUUUAACCCAUCCAAAAGACCAUUCUUGCCCCCUCGUUAUUAGCAUCUUAAAUGCUAAACAUGCUCUACAUCACCUGAAAUAGAACAGGCAGUAUAGUAAAAGAUAGCAUCACCUGCAAAUUGCAGCGUGAGACUUUAACUUCAUGUAAAUACACAUGCCCUGACCCAUAGCAGUCACACGUUACUGCACUUCUCUUCUUAGAUGAAGAGAAGGUUUCAAAUAACUUAGGGAUGAACUAAGAGGAGAAGAAUAUGGAGUUCCUGAUACAACCAUGGAAUAUGAAGGAAAUCAAAAGGUGGUUAUCCUGUUCAAUUCCACUUGGUGUAAUUUGAGAGAAUGAUUGUGGUGUGUUUGAUGCAUGGUUGUGUGUGGUCAAAUAACUUUCCUCUGAUUACAUGUAAAUAGAUUAAUUGCCUGUUUCUUUCCUUCCAGUAACUGUUUGUUUCACUUUCCCACCAUAUAACACUUGCUUUUCUGUCGUUUUCAAUGUGAAACACUCGUUUGUGCUGUUAACUACUGUUUUUCAUCUGUAAACCUUUGUUACUCUCACUGUGAGCAAGAACCAGUGGAUUUAAACUUUGCUUCAUUUAUGAGUGAUUCAAUUAUUAACAUUAUAGUCAUAGACAAACUGUUGUGCAACCUUGAUGGCUUGUAGAGAUAUUUAUGCUGCAUAAAGCUAAAAUACAGUCACUUUGUCAAGCUUCUCCAAGAUGUGAAGAUUUUGUCUCAAACUGCGUACAGUAUAAGCUAACUAAGUGUUAAAGGCAUAGCUGCUCAGUAGUUGCCGAGUGUGUUCUUCCGUCUUUGCUUUUCUUAAGUUUCAGAGUUCUCACGUGUAUUCUUAUUAAUAAAAGCAUUAUGUCGAUAAAGUAAAUGAAAGGAGACUUUAUUUACAGAUACUGUCAUACUUGAACAAAUGUACCUGAAUAAUUUUUAACAACAGUUCUUUUCUCUUGCAUGUCUAAGAACUUGAUGAUGUCCAGUGUGUUCUAACAUACACAGCUGUGAACAAAUAGCAUCUAAAGGAAUUUGAGGAGAAUUUCAGUUUGGUUUCAUUAAUACCAUUUUUCACCCUGUACUUGA